AACUUGCAGUUCCGGGAUGGUCUCGCUCGAUUCGUGUGGUUACCCGGGCGAUGGCCGUAUCUCUCGGGAACCGAGUGCGGACAAAUGCUUCUUGACCUGUUAGGUCUCACUACAGAAGCGUCCCUAGAGCCUACCGGGAGACUCGCUGGCUACUUCCUGCGAGAUUUGAGGACGGGUGAAACGCUUUUUGAAGACGACUUGCCUCAUUUAGAGCCAGAAGGUGGCAUGCACCAGUACGCCUUUUCGGCAGCGCGGAAGAAGAAACGUAAAAAAGCAGCUGAAACGAUCCACCGCGACUCCGGACGAAGAGCUACGGUGCGAAUGUACUAUUUCUUGCAAAUUAAUGCUGUCUCUCCGUAUCAUACUUACAGAAUUCAUAGAAGUAGCGAUGUAGUUGUAGUAGGUGCGUCGCGAUGACGUAAGCUUGCUUCAUACUGCUCUAGAAUAAGUUCUUCAUUGUGGUGCUUGGUUUCACAUCUCUAAAGAAAGCAGUAAGUAACCACUUGGUCGUGGACGCUUUGUGAUUUCACCGUGGCCAGGUUUUUGUCUCGGCGAUGUCGCAUUUAGAAAUGACGUUCGGUUGCACGAUGCUUCUAACUCGAGGGUUCCAGUUAUAUUGGGUGACGCCGCACUUGAGGCGCCCCGAAGUCCGGUAUUUCCAAGUUACCGAGCGGCGCGAGAGUUUGAAGUGUUUCCUCCACGAGUCACCGGAUUUUUCUCCUGCAUCAGAGCAUAUUGAUUUCACCGUGUGCACUCUACUGUGCGGACAGCAAACGCCGGGAUUUGAUUGCCGAGACAAUCUCUUUCCCUUGGGGCACCUUUCUUUUAGCCUACUUUUCCGAGACAAGUACGGAUCACGGCAGUAUCUGGAUUUGAUUGCGCCAGACGCGGACAUCUACGACGUGGUAGUGGGGACGCUCAAAGGACUCAUCUUGCACGCCAAGCACCAAACUAUAUCCAAGGUGGCCUUGUUUGAGCAUAGUCAGCGAUGGCAGGAUGCGCACGCAUCCGGAGAAUUACGUUCAGACUUUGUCCGAUUCUUGUACCAACGGCCCACGCUGUUGCCGCUUCUAAAAUACCAUUCAUCGAAGAUUCUCGCCACGUCAUCAGCGACGAGCCAUUUUGGUGAGGAGGAUGAUGAACGAGGCGUCGUAGCUCUAGCGCCGCAACUUUUUGCGGACGAAAAUAGUGGCAGUAAUUUUUUCACCUCCACGGAUGCCGGAGCAAAUAUAAGGAAUGCUGCUACUGCUUUUUCGGAAAAGGACAUUGCGGGAGCUGCGAAAGGCGUUUUCUCCUCGCGAAGUGCAGCAGCAUCAACGUGCUCGGCGCCGGCAGUGAAAGAUAGCAACAGAAAUUCUCCCGAGGACAUGAUGGCUUUGUCGCACCCUGAGAACCAUUUUGGUGCCGUUUGGGACGUGCUACAGCUGGAUCCAGACCAUCUGGCUGAUCGACACCGGCACAUGGAAGAAAGUCUUUUGCGGCAUGCCAAUGAAGGUCUAGAACUCCUUCACGACCGCAGGCAGAGACUCUACGGCGGAAGCAUGAACCUCGAGACGGAGCAAAUCUGUUUUCAACAGGCGCAGGACCGCUGCUGGAAAUUUAUGGCUUCCAGUGACCGCUUAUUGCUCGGAAUAGAGAUGCGACAUCCACAGCCACACGCGCAUCGGACGCACAGCAGCGAGAGCAGUAAUCCGAGCUCGCAGAAGCGGGAGGGUGCAGCUGACGACAGCAGCGGCCUGAACAUAACUGGGCUCCUCGGCGUCGGAGAUUAUGUUGAAUACCGUACUAGGAAAUGGAGCCAAGCGUUUCGCACGGCGAGCACCGCGGCGAAGGUCAACGUAGCGCUCAUGGAAUACAGGGUACAAAAGCUGCUGCUAUUUCGCAUUUUUAGUGCCAUAAAAUGGAGGUGAUCACGAGUGCAAGGCCUAUACGGAAUGGAGCCGAUCCAAAACUAGGACAUCUUUUAUAAUUAGCCUCUGUAAAGGAAAAGGUAUUGACCACUCUUUGAGGCACAAGAUAUAAAUGUGGUACCUCUCUCCACCUCGCUUCCGACGAACUUUAUCCAGGCGGGUGUGGAGCUUUCCUUGGUGCAUAUGUUCUACCUGCGGGGCCGACAUUGGUUGAGGCUUGCAGAUUACGACGACCGUCUGAACGCCCGACAACGAGGGCCGGGGUUUGUGCUAGCGCCUCCGACGACCCACUUCGUGCCGACCGGUAUCGGAGGUUGCAAGCACAAUGUGCUUUUCCCAUUUCAGGAAUCGCUUUUCUUCGCGUGUACUUCACACCGACCUGAGGAACCCGUCGUGCACGCGCACAAGCCCGACGACGGAACAGAUCUUCAUGUGCUUGAUGUGGAGCUUGAGGAUGAAGCUGCUCGACGCAGAAAAAAACGGUCAUCCACAAAGCAUUCGGAAAGUUCGGCGGAAACGUCUUCCAACAACUACUUUCGGCUCAGUCCAGCGUCCUCCAACUGGCUGGAAGAAUCGUGCCAGGCCCUCCUUGAAGAAAGCAGCAGCGAUGAGCUGGAUAAAGGCCUCGGGAAUCCGGUGUCUUAAGAUUAGAAUCCGGAAGUUCUUGAAUCGCACCAGUUACUAUUUAAUAAUUCUAGCGUUGUCAGAUCCAAGUAAGUAAGUGAGAGUCUUCUCUAAGCCUUGCCACAUGCUACUAAUUCGCAAAAAAUCAUAAAGUCGGCGGAGAAAAAUAGUGGAGACGACCGCAAGGCCUAACACGAACAGUUUGGGUUUUACAUGCAUGUCGAAUUUUUCUAUUUCCUCCAAAGAGAUGUUGGACUUUUUUGCCCGUGAACGAUAACUAUAAUUAUAUAUUCCGCGUGACUACAAAAUGAAAUUUCAAUUUCAUAGAUACUGUUGUUAGUUGUAGUAUCGACUUGACCUUGUGUUCAUUUUCUUUCUAAAGAAUGAGGUUGAGCCAUUUAGAUUUAGUGUUCAUUUUCUUUGAACGACCAUUUAGAUUUAGUGAUUGUGUCAUGAAAUUGAGGAAAUGCCAUCGAUCUUCAUCACCAUUAAAUAAAACGAUUUUGGAUAAUCGUGCCUUUUGUCAUGCGCAUUGAAGGUGGUUUUAUCUUCCAUUUUCACAUCUUCCAUUUGGUGACCAAUUUAGUGGCUUUUGUCUUCAUCAUCUUUUGAAAUAUUCGUUAAUUCUUCAUGAAUUCCAAGAAAGUUUACUUUUAAGGCUUGGCGCAUCUUCUGUCUUUGGCUCAGCUUCAAAACAAUUUCAAUUGAUUAUGCAAGAACUCACAAGUAAAUCAGAGAACUCAGUAAACUUCCAGAGGAAGCUCACUUCGAGAUCUCGAAAGACUUGUAGAGAAGGAAUAAUUUCUCAUACACAUAGUGUAGAUGAAUUCAAAAAAUGAAAUGAGAAGGAGUCUACUAUCUUCAGUCUUUGGAGGCACUAUUCGCAUCAAUUCGCAGGAUUUGUGGAUUCUUGCUUCCAAAUCUUUUGGUCAUAUGUUGCAAGCGCAUUUUUCUGCAGGAUUCCGCGCUAUCUCGAUGCUGGAAUUUCCAGGAUGAUCUCGAGAUUUUUUGAAGAAGGUGAUGCGUAUCGAUUUGAAUGUGAA